AUGGGAACUAUGGGUGCAAUACUUUGUUUGACAAUAUGUCUGACUCUUACUGUCUAUGCAUUUAGUAGUGAAGUGAUUGAGACUCGCGUUUAGGCUAUGGUUUGCAUCUAAUGGACACUCGUUUGCCAUUCAUUUGAAUACAACACAACUCUAACCGUACGAUAGGAUACAGCGGUGGACACCAAUCAUGAAGAAACACUACCGCAAUAUAAAGGACCUUGUUCACAUCAACAUCUUAAGAGGAGACAAAAGCGAAGUAUUGACUGAAGACUUAAUAAAUGCCGAGAAAAGAGUAGACAUAAUCAGACAGACGUGUUAUAACACCGACAAGAAGAUGACGGCGUGUCUGCAAACGGCCGCCGGAGUGGACUCCCUGUCCGCCGAGAAGCGCCUUAAAAAGAUGCCUCAAAUGCAACUCUACCAGUGCUUCACCGAACUGGCCGACCAGUUGGGCACUGACUCUGUGCUCGGAUUAACACUCAGCGAGUGCUCAAAAUUGCAGAAUUUGUCGGCAAAAGAGUUGUUAAGCUAUGAGAUGGAUGUCGAGAGACAAUGUCUGAACGCGUUAACCAAAGCCACAGAAGUGGAGAUACCGGUGGUUAACAAAGCGAAAAAGCAUUUGACAAAAGCCACGACAGAUAUGGACGCCUAUCGUAUCAAAUACCAGACGGCACUGAAACUGUCGCAACAGACGGCCGGCGGCUCUACCAUUGCAUCCGCACAGAAGGCCGAGACUCUGCGCAAAGAGUUGGAGGACUCGGCCUCCAAAGUGGACCAAACGAGGGACAUAUACACGGCUGAGAUAUUCUCACUUUUAAGCAAAGAAUCGGAUUUCGCGCACAUAUUCCUCGACUUCUUUAAAAGUCAAGCAAAUUAUCACAAAAAGAAUUGGGAAUUAAUGCAAAUCUAUAUACCUCUCAUCGAACGAGUCAUAAACGAUAACUCGCAAAAGCCAGUGUUUGGGACGGCCCUCGAGGAACACCUACGGGUCACCAAACGCGAGAUCUCAAUAGUGAUCGAGACGUGUGUCGGAUGUCUAUUGAACAGUCUGUCCGAAGAGGGGUUGUUUCGCAUUCCCGGCAGUACUUCCAAAGUUCGCAAACUCAAGAACGCUUUCGACGCCGGAAUCGUCGACUUCGAGGAGUACGUGAGGGACACCCAUACGGUUGCCGGCGCUCUCAAGUCAUAUCUCAGAGAACUGCCAGAACCGCUCUUUACGUAUAGCUUAUAUAACGAGUGGAUCAGUGCCGCCAAAAUCAGUGACCCCGAUGCCAGGCUACAGGCGCUCUGGAAAGUGUGCAAUAAGAUGCCUAAAGCCAACUUUGAUAACUUGCGUUAUUUAAUCAAAUUCCUGUUCAAAUUGUCCAAUAAUUCCGACUCGAAUAAGAUGUCGUCCCAAAACCUGGCGAUCGCCAUCUCUCCCAGUCUUAUAUGGGGUCAACAGGACGGCCAGCCCUUCGACCUAAACAUGACAGCCGCCAACCAUCACAGUCUCAUUGUGGACACACUUAUCCUCUAUAGCGAAUGGUUUUUCCCGGAUGAAAUAAAUUUCGUAACGUUUCCGAUGAAUGGCGAGAGAGUGAUGAAUGGAGACCAGAGUUAUAGUGACCACCACUCGAAGCAUCAAAACAUGCCGCGAUCGGCCAAAAAGCCGGCGCCGGCCCCUCCCGUUCCCCAAUACGUCAAACACACGGCCGACAGAGUGAUGUCCAUUAACGGCAACAUUAAGUCUCAUUCGCGAAAUAAUUCCGAUUCGUUAGAAGCGAUGGUGAGUUUGGUGAACAAGGAUUUGAUGGCCGCCAGCGUUGACUCGACCGAUGAGAUUAGUUUCACCGAAAGCACGGAUUCUAACCAUUCGGCUGUCGUUUAUUCGACGGCAUCUCUGGACAGACCGGCAAAGAGAGCGACCGAUUCGGCGCCCAAUCCCUCUGAGCGUCAAAUUGGAAGCGAUAGAAGUGAUAGAAAGGUUUCUUCGGCUGCUUAUCAGCUGAGAAACAAAGUGAUAGAAAAGCCUAACGUUCCGCCGCCGUCUGUGCCCUCCCGACCCUCACUGGAAAGGCCGCAAUCGGUUCACGAGAGACCUUCUGUUCCGCCGCCCGAACGACCCCAGAGGUCAUGUGAUAGCAAAACGAAACAGCGAUCGCUUGAGUGCCUCAAUGACGACUCGACGGUCAACUCAGCCGAAGACAAGUCGUCAGUCGAUUCGGUGACCAAAAGUGGCGAAAACCACGCGUCGAUUCCCAAGACAUUUGACUCUGAAGUGAUUGAUUCGGACGACUGUGUGCUGACGUCCGCCGACAGCGAGUCGUACGACAACUCGUCCGUCGAUUCGCUGAAGACUAAGAACUCUUUGCCCAACGAUUGCAUCACAUUUGCAGACGACUCCGAUGUGGACGUCGAGGACAACAACAACGUUAAGUACAAAAUGGACGCAAAUUUAACGCAAAGAUCGGCUGCGAAACAGACGACGAUUCCAGUGAAACCUCCAAGAAGUCAAUCCCCGGCCCUCCAGAAGGAGACGACAGGCCUUCAGUCAAUCGGCGACGACUCGCCUCUAAUUGAUUUCAAGUCUAAUCCCAUCGCAAUCGGCGGCGAAGUCAGUGAAUCGGCGCUGAAUACGACUGUUAACGCAAAUACUGGGCAACAGAUUCAACCGAAACCGCGCCGCCCUUUGCCGCCCAAUAAGCCCCGGAUUGCGGCCGCCUCUGAAGACACACACCUAUGAUCUUAAGAUCUCGUUAAUUGUGUUGUUGUUGUCAAUCAUAGUUUUACUAUAGUUUUGAAGGCAGUCUUGAAGCGAUUGAUUCGUGUAUUUGUUGUCCAAAUACAAUGAUAAGUCUUUCUUCUCAAAGUUGUCACACAUUUAGUCUUAAAAAGUCUUAAAUUCAUUUCAAACACUGUUUUCUUUAUAAGUCUUUAUAAAAUAGUUUUUAAAACUAAAUUCAAACUAAACUGAAAGUCCGUAACGAAUGCUACCAUAGAAUGAAUGCCUUGUUUUGCAGUGCCUUUCGCUGAUCUGUGCGUUAAUUAUGAGCUAUUAAUCAAUCGGUGAUUACUUGUUGGCAUCACUUUCGCUGAUUUCAAUCAUUGCCACUAAUUAUGCAAAUUCUAGUCCAUUGUCUGUAAUAUAUUAUACUGUCUCUCAUUAGUGGACCACAUAUUUCUCUAAUCCAAGUGUCGACUAAUUUAUUGAUUCAUUAAAAUCGCGAAAUUCCUGUGAAUAUAAUUGACUGAUAUAUAAGCGAAUCGACUGUUUAUUAGUGUUUUGUUUUAAAUCUACGGUUAAAUGAAUUGAUUAUUUCCCGCAAAC